CCUAUGCUUCGGUAGUUCUCGUUUCUUUUCGACUUCCUAAGCCCGACUUUUUGAUUUGAAAGACGCCCUUUUUUCACUUUUUCAACUCCGUUCUUCUGUGGCUCCCUCUCGCUUUGCUGAUCUCACUCCGAUCGGCGAUUUUCCAGGCGACAAAUCGUCUAACGCAUUGGUUGGCGGAGCCCUUGACUCUCUCGCUUACUGAUCUCACUCCCAUUGGCAUUUUAAUCUCCGCCACCCAAAGGUUUGUGAGAUUGUUGGCAGGUUGCAGAAGAUGGGUUCUCUUUGAAAGGUCCCAUUAACAUUUCUAAGCUUUAGGUUUGUGAUACUUGUGAAGUUGCUGUGUCUCUUAUAAAAUCAUUUUCUUAGUAAAAGUGAGCUAAAGGUCAGCUCAUCUAAGCAGUGGUUGACAAUUUGUUAAGCUGAAGACAUUGUCAAAUCUGGCACAUUGAGUAGCUGGCUGACCUAUAGAUGAUUGACCAUGUAAAUACUAACAAAUGACAUUGAAGGUCAAGUAUGCAGAUAAUGAAAUUUCCAAGGCGUUACUUGAUUGUCAUUUUGACCUUCAUCAGCACAUCCGUUUGCUACGUAGAACGUGUGGGCUUCUCGAUUGCAUACACAGUUGCUGCAGAUGCUGCAGGAGUUAACCAAUCCAGCAAAGGCACAAUACUUUCUACUUUCUAUUAUGGAUAUGCCUGUUCACAGGUUCCUGGAGGAUGGGCAGCUCAGAAAAUUGGGGGAAGGAAAGUGCUUCUCCUAUCAUUUGUCUUAUGGUCAAUGACUUGUGCAUUAGUUCCACUUGACCCCAAUAGGGUCUUAAUCUUGGUGGUUGCUCGCUUGCUUGUUGGUGUCGCACAAGGGUUCAUCUUCCCCUCUAUCCAUACGGUUCUAGCACAGUGGGUUCCACCCCAUGAAAGAUCCAGAUCUGUUUCUCUUACAACUUCUGGUAUGUAUUUAGGUGCUGCUAUGGGAAUGCUUUUCCUUCCAAGCCUGGUAAAAUAUAAAGGACCUCAGUCUGUUUUUAUUGCUGAGGCAGCAUUAGGUGCCAUGUGGUGUAUACUUUGGUUCAAGUAUGCCAGUGAUCCGCCUCGCUCUGAACACCCCAAAGCUACAGCUGCUGGUUUUGGGGAAUCUUUGUUGCCAAUCAAAGGAAGCCAGAAAAUGAAAGUUGAGAAUGGUGGAAGUUCUGUCAGAAGUGCUGCCAAAAUACCAUGGAAGAGAAUUUUAAUUAGUUUCCCAGUCUGGGCAAUUGUGGUAAAUAAUUUCACCUUCCAUUAUGCAUUAUACGUUUUAAUGAACUGGCUUCCAACAUACUUUGAACUAGGCCUCCAGCUUAGCCUUCAGGAGAUGGGUUCUUCUAAGAUGAUGCCUUAUCUCAACAUGUUUAUAUUCUCAAAUAUUGGCGGGGUGGCUGCCGACUACUUAGUAACCAACAGAAUCUUGUCUAUAACUAGAACGAGGAAAUUCUUGAACACUGUAGGCUUUAUGGUUGCAUCUCUUGCACUUAUGGCAAUUCCCAUCUUUAGAACUUCUGGUGGAGCUGUCCUAUGUUCUUCUGUGGCUCUUGGGUUCUUGGCACUUGGGAGAGCUGGUUUCGCAGUGAAUCACAUGGAUAUUGCUCCACGGUACGCAGGGAUUGUUAUGGGAGUUUCAAAUACUGCAGGAACAUUGGCCGGGAUUAUUGGAGUUGAUUUGACUGGCAAGCUUCUGGAAGCUGCAAGGUCUGUGGAUUCAGAUCUUUCAAGUCCGGAAAGCUGGAAAGCGGUGUUUUUUAUACCAGGGUUGCUCUGCAUAUUUAGUUCUUUUGUAUUCUUGCUAUUCUCAACAGGAGAGAGAAUUUUCGAUUAAGUUAUGGGUUUUGCAUGCCAAGCUCCUACUGUUCACGCUUGUCUGUGGAGACUGAAAAAGUUUUGCUGGUGAACCUGCUGGUCUAGUCUAGCAUACCAUUCUAGUUACCACAAAAGUGUAUAGAACUUGAGAGACCCAUAAAAGAUUUGAGAAAGUCAGAAAUAAUGUUGUAUUCCACCAUUUCAUACUUGCCUAGGAAGGUUAUACUGAAUUGAAGAGCCAUUCAAAAUUUGAUAGUGGUCAGCAUAGGGUAGAUAAACUAUUGAAAAAUUGUUGUUUUAUGUAUUUGUUGAAUUUUUUUAAUUGUGUCUUUAUACAUGGGUUUAGUGCAUGAACCCAAAUGCUUGUACUUGGAUUCCACCGAGGAAAGAAAAACUCAAAAUAAAAUCCUUGCAUAUUUUCCUGAAAAAUAAAGAAUUAUAUUUAUAUUUUUA